AUGUCAUCGUACUUGCAACCUACUACGGGCAUCGCCCUCAACAUCGACCUGGAGUCGGCAAACACAAACGCGCCGACGACCACACACGCGGCCAAAGAAGAUGGAGCGAAUAGCCUGGAAGGCCUCGAGCAGUCGAAUGGAGCUGUUCCCGUCGAGACGAACUCACCAAUGGGCCAAUCGGUUGGGCCUUUCACCGUCGUCAUGUUGAAUAUCGGCAACAUCAUAGGUAUCGGCGUCUUUUCGACUUCCUCCGCGAUCCUGAAGGGCACCGGCUCAGUGGGCAUGAGCAUGAUCUACUGGACCAUCGGCAUCUUCAUCGCCGCAAGCCACCUCGCCGUGUUCCUCGAGUUCGCCUGCUACUUCCCGAAACGCUCUGGGUCGCUGGUCGUCUUCCUAGAGCAGUCUUACCCGAAGCCGCGGUACCUCUUCCCCAUCACGAUCGCCCUGGUCGGUCUUAUUCUCGGCUUCGGCAGCAGCAUGGCCCUCGUGCUGGCCAAGUACAUCUUCCAGGCCGUUGGCCACACCUACACCACCUGGGAGCUCAAGGGUCUGGCUGUGGCGGGGUACACGGCCGUCGUCGUGCUCCUGACGCUCAGCAACCGCGUCUCGUAUUGGGUCAUCAACGUCAUGGGUGUCGUCAAGAUCACCACGCUCGCCUUUAUCUCGGUCGCGGGUCUGGCAGUGCUCGGCGGCCGCGUCCCGGCCAUCCCCGACCCGAUCGCAAACUUCCGCGACCCCUUCUCCGGCACCGCGACCGCGUACGGCCUGACCAACGCCCUUGUCAAGAUCAUAUUUUCGUACGCCGGGUCCGGCAACGGCAUCAACGUGCAAGGUGAGCUCAAGAAGCCCGGCAAAAGUUUGCGCAACAUGGAAUUCCUCGCGCUGGCAGCAACGGGUAUCCUCUUCGUCCUCACCAACCUCGCCUUUUUCGCCGCCAUCCCGAAACACGAACUAGAAAACUCGACCGAGAUCGCGGCAAGCAUGUUCUUCCGCAAAGUGUUUGGCGACUCGGGAUGGGUGCGCGGCCUCAACGUGCUCAUCGCCCUCUGCACGCUUGGCAGCAUCGUCUCGACGACUCUGAGCCUGUCGCGCAUGACACGCGAGUCGGGCCGGCAGGGCGUCAUCCCUUGGACGCGGUUCUGGGCCUCGACCAGGCCGUUCGGCACGCCGCUGGGACCCUACGCGUGGCGGUGGGCGCUGACGACGCUCAUGAUACUCGUCGUGCCCGCCGGCGACGCCUUUAACUUUAUGGUCGAUUUACAGAUGUACCCAUGGGUAUUUUUCGAGCUCGCACUUAAUGUCGGCCUCGUCGUGGUGCGGAUCCGUCGGAAGCGGCAGGACGGCGUGCCGAGGCCAGAGUUCCGCGCCUGGAACGCCGCAAUAAUCGUCAACACGCUCGCAUCGCUGGCCGUCAUCGUCAUGCCGUGGUAUCCUCCCGACGGCGGUCCGUACGCUGGCGACGUCAGCUUCUGGUACGCGACGUACGCUGCGACAGGUGUCGGUGUGCUGGUCGCCUGCGCGCUGUAUUAUCUGGUCAAGAUCCAGCUGAUGCCACGAUGGGGAGGUUAUGUCAUCCGCAAUGCGACUGUGACGCUUCAAGGCAAUGUCCAGACAAACAUGCUCGUCAAGGUUCCACCGGAGAAGCUUGCUAGCUUGGACGAAGCAGACAAAGGCGCCCCUUCCAAUACUUCAUCAUUGGAGCGGAACAGUGGCAAAGACUUUGACAGCAAAUCACCGUGA